GGGGACGCGGCCCACACUUUGGGAAUCACUGCCCUAGACCUAUGGGAAAAUACUCUGUGGUCUGACCAAGUUGACCAUUUUGGAAGGUGUGUGUCCCAUUACAUCUGGUGUAAAAGUCAUUAAAAGAACAUCGUAGCAACAGUAAAAUAUGGUGGUGGUAGAAUGGUGAUAAAUGGGGUCACAAUAAAUAAUAUUGAAAUUUCUUUGAUAAUCCGAAACUUUCAAGGGUAACAAACAUGCAAAAAAAUAAAUAAAACACUUUUUCACAUGACUUUCUAUAUACUGUAUGAAUGCGUCUGUCAUAAAACACUGUGGAUAAAAUGGUCAUAUUUCAGACGAAGGUUUCAAAUGAUGAUUCAUCGUGAUUCAUUCAUCAUCUAACCGGGCUAUGUGACAGCCCUGCUAAGCUACAUUUGUAUGCAAAUCUAACUUUUGCCGGUAGUUGUUGUUGUGAGAGACAGACAGUGCCGCAGAGGAGGGUUGAACGCGUUCCCGUCCACAUGAAAUGACAGGACGGAUCCAUGGUAGUGAGGUCAUAUCAGUGGUGGUAUCGUCAGCUUAUAACGACUCGUUCUUCAUUUCUCAUCUCCCUUAUCCCCAACACAUCAUGAUUUAUCGGAGUUCAUUCCUCUUCCUCUUUCUCCUUCAUUUAUCCUCUGCGGCGUUCUUUAGCAUAAUCGACGUUGGACCUGUGAACUCCUUCUGCAUUUCUUCCCUCUUUUAUUUUGAAAUAUGACUCCCUUGUGUGUGUUUUAGGUGUUCAAUCAGCCGCCGGCGUCCGCUUGUAUGAUUACUUUCUGCCUUCUUUUGUCAGAUAAUUUGUUCAUUUCGUUAUGUGUUUCGAUGUGCUGACUUUUUGUGUUACAGCGUUUUGUGUACCGCAUUUCAUUUUUCCAUGUUUUGUGUUAUGGUGUUUCAGGUUAUGGUAUUUUGUGUUACGGUGUUUCAUGUUAUGACGUUUUGUGUUCACACAUUUAAUGUUCCGGUGUUUGUGUUACAACAUCUCAGUGUUAUUCCGCCACAUGUUCCGGCCUUUUGUGUUUGGCCAGUUUAUGUUCUGACAUUUGGUGUUACAGUGUUUGUUCUGUUCAUCGCUGGGGAUAGGGUCCCAAAAUAGCCCACAAUAAGGGAACUCCGCAAAGUAGCCAAGUGUUUUAAAAGAAAAAUGCACUACGCGUAUGUGUUUCCCUUUUCUCUGCAGUCUAACUAGAGGAAGGCGUUAGUAUGAGCUAGCGAGCAAUGCACAUCAUUGGGAGGUACCUAUUUUGACGACUAAGUCUUCUAAAAAAAAACUUGUUAUAUCAAUGCUGUGAUUAUGCAUUAACAAGUACAUUGUAUCUUGCCGUAUUUUGAUGAUUUAAAACAUUACAGAAACUUCUCAAUUCCACAGAGCACGUAUAUUUAACGUCAACAACAGCAGUAUAGAAACAUUGAUACCACUUACAAUGGCCGUGUCUUCCAGCACAAGCCGUGUGCUCCAGUCCAAACGAGCAUCUUGUUGAGUCUUUGUAGCCGUCCCGUCUGUGAGUGACGCUGAGAUGAGGGGCUAGUGAGGCGCUGUUACUCCUCUAGACUGGAUACCACUUGCCCGUCCAUCAGCAACCAUCAGCGCCCACCCUCCCCAAGCCGAAGCUCGUGGGCCCCCGUCUGAGUGCUGCUCUCACGAGGGGUCCGUUCCCUCCGGGGGUCGCCUCCGCUGUCGCCCUUCCCUCCCCCUGCCCUGAGACGGCAGGGGCUGGACCCUGUCAUCUUUCGGCGACUGGCCCCUCCCGAGCGGCGAAUGACAAGCGUGCAUCCGAGGGCGGGGCUUGCCUCAGUCUCUCGUGAUUGGCUGCUGGAUGGAAUUAAGGUGAAUGGAACACAUGCCCAAGGAGCAAGACCCUAACCCAUUAGAGGGAGAAGAGAAACGGUGGCUCAAUGGCCCGAAGAGGAAGAGGAAGAACAGCCAAUGUUCGGUCAAGAGCAUGACGGGGUACAUCCCCAGCUAUCUGGAGAAGGAUGAGCCAUGCGUGGUGUGUGGCGACAAGGCCACAGGUUACCACUACCGCUGUAUUACCUGCGAGGGCUGCAAGGGCUUCUUCCGGAGAACCAUCCAGAAGAACCUGCACCCUAGCUACUCCUGCAAGUAUGAAGGCUGCUGCAUCAUCGACAAGAUCACGCGGAACCAGUGUCAGCUGUGUCGCUUCAAGAAGUGCAUCGCCGUGGGCAUGGCCAUGGACCUGGUGCUGGACGACUCCAAGAGGGUUGCCAAGCGGCGUCUCAUUGAGGAGAAUCGGGAGCGCCGCAAGAAGGAGGAAAUGGUGAAGACGCUCCAGAACCGCCCUGAGCCCACUGGGUCGGAGUGGGAUGUGAUCCACAUGGUGACGGAGGCCCACCGGCACACCAACGCUCAGGGUUCCCAGUGGAAACAGAAGCGCAAAUUCCUGCCCGACAAGAUCGGCCAGUCACCGGUGGCGCCCACGUCAGACGGAGACAAGGUGGACCUGGAGGCCUUCAGCGAAUUCACCAAGAUCAUCACUCCCGCAAUCACGCGUGUGGUCGACUUUGCCAAAAAGCUGCCCAUGUUCUCCGAGCUGCCAUGCGAGGACCAGAUCAUCCUGCUGAAAGGCUGCUGCAUGGAGAUCAUGUCGCUGCGGGCGGCCAUGCGCUAUGACCCCGAGAGCGAGACGCUGACCCUGAGCGGCGAGAUGGCGGUGAAGCGCGAGCAACUUAAGAACGGCGGGCUGGGCGUGGUGUCGGACGCCAUCUUUGAUCUGGGAAAGAGCCUGGCGCAGUUCAACUUGGACGACACGGAGGUGGCGCUGUUGCAGGCCGUGCUGCUCAUGAGCUCAGACCGCUCGGGCCUGACGUGCGUGGACAAGAUCGAGAAGUGCCAGGAGACGUACCUGCUGGCGUUCGAGCACUACAUCAACUACCGCAAGCACAACAUUCCCCACUUCUGGCCCAAACUGCUGAUGAAGGUGACGGACCUGCGCAUGAUUGGCGCCUGCCAUGCCAGCCGCUUCCUGCACAUGAAGGUGGAGUGUCCCAACGAGCUCUUCCCUCCGCUCUUCCUGGAGGUCUUCGAGGACCAGGACGUGUGACGGGCGCCUCCGGGGAAGCGGGAAGAAGGUCUGUAAUCGGACGGACGGACAGGACGCGAGCGCGGGAAUUGUCCCACUUUGUACAGCACGCCUUGCAAAAACUGGAAAGGACUCACCAGCAGGAAGAGGCGAGGACUCUCCUCCGGCGUGUGGGGGCCCUUCUGUCUGAGCAUGCUGUCUUACUUAGCAUUUGCCAACACACACACACAAACACAGCAGCAACAGUAUUACCGCCCGCCUGCAGCCUCACAAUCAGCAGGUGCUCCGGGUGUCAUUCGGGUGACCCCGACCACAGCGGGCUGAUCCAACACGGAUUCCUCAAGUCAAUCUGAGCCGUUCCAGUCCAUCCCGUGUGAUGCCGGUGCUAUCUUUCUAGCAGACUACUCCAUUUUGUUAUGUUUUUGUUUUUUUUGCUCCAUUGCUACCUUUUUUGUCAUCGGACCGGCUCCUGUGACACACACACACACACACACACACACACAAGCAGACUUGCCUUAUUAUUGUGGAAGCCCCGGCUCCUCCAGGGGCGGGGGCACAGGACGAGGGCGGAGGUUUACAGGAUUUAAGUGGGACUGCAGCUCUGUAGAGUUCAGCCUUAAAUCGCUCAUGUCCUCAGAGGAGCGUCUUUGAAUAGUAAGGCAAUGAAGCUCACACACACACACACACACACACAUAUGCACACGCACACACGUACACACACAGCAUCACCUCAGUAAACGUGUAUGCCUCAUUUGCCGCCUGCCUGCAUCCUGCAGCGCCAUGGCGGCGUUUUUCUUUUCUCGUUUGAUUUGUUUUUGUUGUUGUUUUUGGCCCUGACCUGUGGGGGGGGGGGGCUUUACUGAGCCCCUCCUCACAGGCUCAGCUCAGUGCUGCCCCCUCCAGGCUUCCAUUCGCAUUUGCCUUUUCUUGUUUUUGGUGUUUUUCGUACGAACCGCGGGCAUCACUGAGAACAGGCCAACGCCGAGAAGGCUACCAUUUACCUCAAAGUGGACACACCCCCACUGCCCCCCGUGGUUCUGGGCACUACCUCACCUAAGUGGACACACACACACACGCCCACGCACACACCCUCAGUGCUAUUUAAAAGAAAUACCACUGAAGAAGACAGGAGGGCCCGCCAUCUUGGUGGAAGGUUCUAUCGUGUUUUAUACGGGACCAAAAGUCAUCUUUUCGAUUUGGACACCACUCCGCCCCCAAACACACACACACACACACACACACCCGAAAAAGGACAGUUUGGAUGUGAAAAUGCUCCACUUGCAUGAGCUAACGUGGAAAAGGUCUACAAAGUUCUAUGGGCUGUCCUUGUGGGAGGUUCCUCCAAGGUGUCCCCGGGGUAGGAGGGGCGUGCACGGGAAGUGGACAGAUGGAGACAGAUGGAACAAUGUCAGUGCUGCGUUCUAGAAGCCCCGCCCCACCCAGGUACAAACGGUGGAAGGCAUGAAGACCUGGACCAUCAUCAUCAUCAUCAGGUCGGCAGCUGGAACAUAGCUCCGCCUCAUUUUGCACCCCACCACCUUCAGGACACGCCCACCCAGCCAGGCUGGCGGCAGUUUUUGCACUACUCCAGCACCCCUGUCCCCCCGCCCCCACUACCCACUUCCUGGGUGGCGGAAGCUUCUGUGUGACAGAGGCAGUCACAAGGGAGGGGGCGGGGCUUGUGUGGUGGAGGAAGCAGGAAGUGGAUCCCCUCCUUGUCAGACAAGGCGGCCAUGAUGGUCUGCACCCCCCUUUUCUAAAUGAAAGCAAACGAGGAUCCAGGAUGCUGGUGCGGGAUAGGAAUUCUAAAUGAGUGUGUGUGUGUGUGUGCGCGUGUGUGUGUGUGUGUGUGUGUGUGUGUGUGUGUGUGUGCGCGUGUUCAUGUGUUUGUGCGCGUGUUGCUGCAUCAGCAGAAGUAGAGUUAAGAAAGAGAAUAUAAAAGAGAUAAUUAUAAAUCCUCAAAGAAAAAAGGAGAUGACUUUAAAAGACUCCUCAACUUUGCUUUUCCUUUUUCCUGUUGGGGAGGGGCGGGGGCAGGUGGGGAACCUCACGUCAAAGAAAAGGAUUGGUCACUUUCGGGCCUUGCUUGUCUCUCGCCGCCAUCUUGUCUGUGCGUGUGCGAGUAAGUGUGUGUCGUACGACGCACCCCCAGCCCCCCCCCCCCCCCCUCUUUUAUCAGGAGCAAUUUACAAGCAAAACAAGACGUUACCUUUUUUUUAAUUUUGUUGUUUUUUUUAAAUAAUACAUUUAUGGAGAAAAGAAAAAAAAAGAAAAACACAAACUGAAACACAAUCUCGUCAUACCUCACGACAAAAGGAUCUGGUGGGAGGAGCCUAAUUUAGUUGCAGGCACAUGUCGACCUUCUGGGAGAUGUUCAACAACACGUGUCCACGCUACUAUGCUCUAGCGCCCCCUAGCCCUAGUGGUGGUGGGAGGGGCCAAUACGGGCCCGGGGAGCUGGGGCUUCUGUAGCGGCUGAGCGUUUCUGGGAUUGAAUGUAGCUGACAGGAGGGGGCCGGACACGAGCCCGCCGCCACCCAACUUCCACGCACCAGCAGAACGAACGGAACGCAACACAUACACACGCCCACGCUCUUCAUGUGUGUGUGUUUGUGUUUGUGUGUGUGUGUGUUGUCCGGUCAACAAUCCGUCCAACACUGAUGCCAACACUUGGCCCCGCCUCCUCCUCCUCUAUGUCCCCACCCCCUCCUCUCUCGCUCCUCCCUCCUGCAGGCUUUGUGUGUGUGUGUGUGUGUGUGUUUGUCUGCAUAUGCACAACGUCUAUGCAAUUUCCCUCCAAAGUAGAGCAUCACCUUUUGAGAGGAUCUUUGUGUAACCUUGGGGUUGUAAACCUGUGUAUGUGUGUGUGUGUGUGUGCCGGUGCUCUAUCAAUCGGUGGGCAAAUACCUUUUUUUUUAAGUCUUCAAAAGAUUGAGGCCCCGCCCCUUAAAUUGCACCCGUGUGAAGCUUUAAAGUUUUCUACCCGGCGACCAAGUCAAUGUAAAGAGUGAUUAGCCAUCACAGACCUUUUAUUGGAAGCGACAUCACAAACGAAAGCACUUAAACCAAAAAAAGCACUUUGGAUGCCGCAUGCUGAUGCCCCACAACGCCCCGCCCCGCCCCGCCCCGCCCCCACAAGAAGGAGUACUAUUGCUACUCUUGUUAUUAUCGUUAAAGGGAGCUUCACAUUUCCAAAACGUUGGAGGCCAAAUGCAAUGAUUAGCGUUGCGAGUGAGACCUCCUCCUGUCUCGCCAUGCACUUACCUAUUAGGAAGGGAGGUGAUUUCUUCUUAAUGACGUUCGCCCUACCGACCCGCCCCCACCCACCCCUGAGAGCACCGGCAGGCUUACAGUACACACACACACACGUACAUACACAUACACACACACACACACACACACACGUGAAGAGCAGAUAUUGUUGGGAAAGCUUAUUGAAGGAUUCUCUCAGGUAAAAGAACAUUUUCUAAUAAAUGAUGAUCAACCGUAGAUGGAAGCCACUUUCAUCUGUUUUGUGCUUUUGUCUUCUUCUCUGUUGCGUCCUCCUCCGUCUGACUUUGGGCCGUUUGUCAUUUCUGCAGGGAAAGCAUGAGAAAUAGCAUUUGGUGUCGUUCAGUCACUUCAUCCUAAAUGGAGAACCCACCGAUGCUUUUGUCUCCAGUGUUUGCAUCACACAGUGGAUCCCCGCACUCCUCCUCAUUCUGCAUUCACACGCAAAAUGUAGGCCGUUAUAUAUCGGGCCGAAAUUGGAAAUGUUUUUUGAAAUCCGAUUAAUCCAAAAAAAUAGUUGACCGGUUAAUCAAAUACCUACCUUAAGAUGCAUUACUUAGGGCGAACAACGGCAAUGGAAGAGAGAAGCGGAGGGUUCUGGAGCUGAAUCGAUCAAAUGUCGAUCCCAACAUCAAGCUCGCAGGAGGCUUUGGAGGGGGGGCCUUUGCGGGGAUCUGCUGUUGAUUUCCAUCCCCACCCCUUUUGAGUCUUUUUGUUUGUGAUGAGGUCCAGUUGUGUCAUUGCUGUGCGUGUGUGAUCAUGUGACGCCAUGCUUCUUGUCGAGAUGCGCACCCUCCCCCUUCCCCCCAACACCCCCAUAGCCCUCAAAGCACCUUUUCAGGCCAUCUCAGGUGUGUGACACUUUGGAGGAAUGUACCUAAUCGUGUGUCUAGGGUGCUCAGCUGGCGAGAGAGGGAGGGAUGUGGGGAAGAGGUGGGAAUUCUGACCUUUAAUAAACAAGGGCAGUGGCUCUUCCUGAGGACGCGUGAGAUUAAAAAACAAGAAAGAAAAAAAGCACGAAAGAGAUUGAAGCGAUGGUACCAAAAGGUUCGGGGAGGGUCAUCGCAUGGCGGGACCCUAAGUGGACGCUGUGGAACAGUCCCGUGAAAUUACACUUUACUAUCUAGAGUUUUAUUACUGCAGUAAGAUAGUAAGAUGUAGUAAGAUGUAGUAAGAUACUGAUAGACUAGCACCGUGCACCGUGUUAGACUAGCACCGUGCACCGUGUUAGACUAGCACCAAACAAAUCCAUGGAUUUGGAUUUGUUUUUUUAGCCCCUAAAGCACGUCACCCAUUCCUCAGUCAAACACUGGUGGUGGUAAUCUACAUCUGUAGUCACAGCUGGCAAGGAACUGGCUGGGUGGGUGUUUUCGGUUUCUGGGACACUGCCCCGUAUGACCUCUUGGCUGUUUUUGACAUGGCAUGCAAGGCUUCCCUAUUUUGUCCUCCAACUUCAGCCAUUCACGUGUCAAAAUGUUUGGCUCAUUCCGGAAAGGUGUGCUAAAAUUCCCAACUUUUCCACCAUUGAAAGUGAAUGCCAAUUUUUCAUAGCCCAUUUUCUGUUCCUUUCGGAGUUUGUACCUACAGCGUCUGAACGACUCAGGUGAGAACUCUGAGCUGCUAUGGAGGGUAUACUCAAUGUUAGCAUGCUCCGUUAGCAGUCGGGAGCGAAUGACGAAGGCUUAAAAGACAUAGAGUUAGCAUUGGCAGUGUUUACAUAUAGAUUGAUAGCGUUUCCUUUCUAAAGAACAUCACAGGGAGUUAAUACUUUGGCCUGACUCAAUAGUUGACUUAAAUCAGGGGUGUCCAAAGUGCAGACCGGGGGCCAUUUAAAGCCCCUUGGCACAACAAUAAAACAAUAAAAAGGUGUGAGGGGGGUCAAAAUAUUAAGGAAAAAAGGUGAAAUCUAACGACAAAAGUUGCAAUUUUACGAGAAUGACGUGUAAGCGUAGCAGGAAAUAUAUCAUCAUUUUAGGAGCAUCAUGUUGAAAUAUUAAGUGAAACCAACAGAAUUGUAUUUUUUCCAAGUCAAAAUGAUGUGUUUAUUUCCAAGAAGAAAGCUGAAAUAGUUCGGGGAAACCACAACAGAAAUAGAAAAAAAAAAUAUGAGAAUGUCAAAACAAAAAAAUUCUAACAAUAAGAAGAGUUAUAAUGUAAAAUAUUAUGAGGGAAAGUAAUGUCAUUUUAAUAGUUUAAUUUAAUUUAAUAAAGUAUUUAAGAAAAAAAUAUAUUUUUCAAAGUUCAAAUAUUGAAGAAAAUUCACUUUUAGUACUUUAGGGAAAAAUAUGACAUGUAAUAUGAGAAUAAAGUCAAAAUAUUAUGGGAAGAACAUUCAAGAACGCCCAAACAUUGGGACAUGCCCUGAUGUAAAUCAAUAGGAAAUCUAGGAUAUUUCAACAUUCAUUCUAUAGUUUAGUUCUGCUAUGUUCCGCAUUAACAUACUUGCUAGGUACUAGCUAGUUAGGCUAGGUACUAGCCUAGCUAGAUACUCGUUAGUUGCGUGUUGUUCUGAUAGCUUAGCAUAUAUCGACCGACGUUGGAUUGUUCUAUACUAACAUGUAGCCAUCUAGCAUUGUGACAUAGGCAGGAAGUCGAGUAGGCGUGGCUUUGGGAUUUGGAGAGGUGCGGGGCGAAGCCAACCGAAAGCACUUAAAAGAUGUUUUAUUUCGUUAGCAAAACGGCUGGGAAUUAAAAACAAAAAACAAAAAAAAACUAAGACAGCUACGAAUGUACGCUUUACACCAGAGGUUGAAAUAUGCAAAUGUUUGUCAGCUUCACAACUGCUCAGGUUCGAAAGAUCGGCCUCAAAGGGUGUUUUCAGGACCUUGCCCCACCCUCGCCCCUUACGCCCCCCUGUCCCCGUUCUUGGGCCUGUCCGGUUCUGGUUCCACACCCAGCACACUUACUGUAAAGUCCACAGUCAUAUGCAAAGCCAAACCCAAAUGAAGGGAUCCAAACACAAAACGUGUUCCACUGUGUAGCAGGUCCAAGCCGCCUCACACGACACCAGCAGAGUCUACACCACCUCACCACCACACCCUGCGCUCAUCCAUGGUUGUCCCACUCACCUUGUACAAAGUGUGUGUGCCUGUUUGUGUGUGUGUGCAUAAAAACGAGAAUAAUAAUGCAGACAUCUCCAACGCGUGUGAAAAGAGUUCCGCCUCAUCAUCUUCACGUGACAAAGCUCUCUGCAGGUCUUUCUGGGACUUUUUCAAAGAAAAAACACUUCAAACACACAAUGCACCUCACAGAUGAAGACCUCAAGAAGACGGAAGGUGCCAAAGACCACACGUGAAAGAGACGCCUCACAUCUGGAAUAAAACGGGGGAACCGGCGAGUCCAGGAGGUUCUCCUCCACCUUCAGGAGGACAACGCAGAGGUGUCCUCAUGCCAACUUUUCAGGAAGCACAGAAACAAAAGACAAAGCGCGGGAAUCAGCCGACUAUCUACUGUGAUGUCCUCUCAUACCACCUUCACCACGCUAGACCCCCCCACUCUCACCUGCACCUGACCCCCGGGCCCACCCCCCACCCGAGGUCAGGUGCUGUGCGUGCGGGUCUGCGUGUGACAAUCAGCGUGUGUGUUUGUAUCCGUGUUGUGUGUCUUUGGUUUGUCGGUCAGGCUUUUGAGAGGAAGAUAUUUUUAUGGUGACUGUGGUCUAUUUAUGUAAUAAACAUGUGACUAAAGUGA